ACAAGUAAACCAAAUAGUUGCAAAAAAGCCGCUCAUCUUUAAUCCACUUGGAUUUGGCAGUUUUCGCAAAAAUAAAUCCCAAAUAAAAAUGGUAACUUUUAAGCCAAAGUUUCUGAAACCAGAAACGGAUGAUGCCAUUGCCGAUGCCGGCGGCGGGCAGGAGCCGCAGGGUUCUGCCUUUGUCUUCAACGCGAAUCACAAUCUCGGUCUGGUCGAGCAGCGCGAGCGCUUGCCCAUCCGUAAGUACCGCGACCAGAUUCUCUACUGCCUGGAGAACCAUCAGGUGGUCAUACUGGUGGGUGAGACGGGCAGCGGCAAGAGCACCCAGGUGCCGCAGUACCUGUACGAAUGGGGCUGGCACAGCAAGGGAAUGAUCGGAGUCACGGAGCCGCGCCGCGUGUCCACCGUGACGCUGGCCAACCGCGUGGCCCAGGAGCGUGGCGAACUGGUCGGCGAUACGGUCGGCUAUGUGGUGCGCUUUCAAGAGCGCAUCUCCAGCGAGACGCACAUCAAAUUCAUGACGGAGGGCAUCCUAUUGCGCGAGCUGCUGGCCGAUCCCCUGCUGACCCAAUACGGCGUCAUCAUUGUGGAUGAGGCGCACGAGCGCAACAUGCUCACGGACAUGGUGCUGGGCCUGCUGAAGAAGAUUCUGCGCAAGCGCAGCAAAUUGAAGUUGAUUAUCUCCUCGGCCACCAUCGAUGCGAGCUUCUUUAGCGAGUUCUUCAGCUGGCCAGGCGCAGGCCGAUCCGAUCAUCCCAUCAGCGUGAAGCUGAGCAUCGAGGGACGCAUGCAUGCCGUCAGCCAUUUCUACCUGAACGAGCCCUGCGCGGACUAUGUGCGCGAAACGGUGGAGACCGUUUGGAAGCUGCAUCAGAAGGAGCCGCCCGGCGACAUCUUGGCCUUCUUGACCGGACAGGAGGAGGUGCUGGAGGCGCUGGACCUGCUGCGCGAGUACAUAGCCAGCGCGGAAACAGCCAAUCUCAAGGUGCUGCCCAUGUACGGCAGCAUGACGAGCAGCGACCAGCUGGCGGUGUUCUUUACGCCGCCGAAGGGCGUGCGCAAAGUGGUGCUGGCCACCAACAUAGCGGAGACCUCCAUCACGAUACCGGGCAUCGUGUACGUCAUCGACUGCGGCUACGUGAAGGUCAAGGCGUACAAUCCGGCGACCUGCAGCGACAGCCUCGUCGUCGUGCCUGUCAGCAAAGCCUCGGCCGUGCAGCGUGCGGGUCGCGCGGGUCGCGUGCGUCCGGGCAAGGUGUAUCGGCUGUACACGAAGCAGGACUACGAUGCCUUGGCGCCACGUCAGCCGCCAGAGAUGCGCCGCAGCGAGAUGAGCGGCGCCGUGCUGCAGCUGAAGGCGCUGGGCAUUGGCAACAUUUUGCGCUUUGAUUUCCCAUCGCCGCCGCCUGCCAAAAAUCUGCUGUCCGCCCUGGAGACGCUGUACGCCCUGGAUGCCAUCGAUGAGCAGGGUCAGCUGACCAGGCCGGUUGGCUUCCUACUUGCCGAAUUGCCCUUCAGCGCCAUGCUGUCCAAGAUGUUGUAUGUGUCCGGGCAAAUGGGCUGCGCCGAGGAAAUCAUCACAAUUAUAGCCAUGCUCCAGGUGCAGUCGGUCUUCUCACGUCCAGCGUCGGCGGCAGCCCAGCAGAGCGGACGCAUUGCGCAUCGCCACUUCGAGGUGGCCGAAGGCGAUCUCAUUACGCUGCUCAAUAUACACAGCGCCUUUGUGGAGGAGGGCAUGACCAAGGAGUUCUGCGGCCAAUAUUAUCUCAUCUAUCGCAAUCUGAAGCGUGCCUGCGAGCUGCGCGAGCAACUCUUGACGCUGGCCCGCAAAAAGUACGGCAUAGCCAUCUUCUCGUGCAAGGGCGAUGUGGAGAUGCUGUGCAAGUGCAUCACCGCCGGCUUCUUCACGCAGGUCGCCUACCUGCAUCACUCGGGCGUCUACAGGCAGAUCAGCAGCGGCACCGAGCUGGCCAUACAUCCCAACUCCACGCUCUACACCCUGCCCCAGGCGCAGUACGUCGUCUACGGCGAGCUGCUCCAAACGACCAAACUCUUCAUGAACCAUGUGACGGUCAUCAAGAAGGAAUGGCUAACGGAACUGGCGCCUCACUACUACCAGCAGACCACAGUGAGGGACUAGCAGCGGCCGGCGGCGACGCGUCCGCGACCCUGGAAGAGCAUCAUGGACUCGGGACCGCGGAUGACGCGCGACAUCAGCUCCCAGCACAUUUUGGCGGGCAGCAAACUGCAAGUUUAAAGAUUAUUCAGAUUGGACAGAGAUUAUAUGAUUAUAUGGAGAUUUACCACUUGAGCGGCGUCAGCAGGCGGAUGGAGUUGGGCAGAACGCACCAGACCUCGUUGCGACGCACGGCGCCUUCGAUGCGAUCGGCCACGUAUUGCGGCUCCAGCAUGGGCACCAUGCGCGGCUUCACGCCCGAGAACAUGCCCGUGUUGAUGUAAUAGGGACAAAUAAGACUCAUCUGUAUCUGGUCGUAGCCGUGCGCCUUCAGGUCCGUCAACAGGCUCUCGUGGAAGCCAAUGCACGCGUAUUUAGUCGCAGCAUAAUCGCUGCAUCCGUAGGUGCCCAGCAUGCCGGUUACGGAGCCCACUGUGACAAUGUGACCACGAUUCUGUCGCAUCAUGUGCGGCAGGAAGGCCUUCGCUGUCCAGUAGUGCGAGAUGAUGUUGAUGUUGUACGUGUUCUGGAUGACGCGAUCGUGCAGCUCCCAGAAGGGCUUGCAGCACACGAUGCCCGCAUUGUUGAUCAAGAUAUCCACAUGGCCGACAUCCUCGACGACCUGCGCCGCACGCUGAUAGAUCUGUUCCCGAUCCGAUAUGUCCACCACAUAGCCCUUGCAAUUGUUAAAGCCAUGCUUGGCCAACAGAUCGACUGUCGUCUUGAUGGCUGUCAACCAAGAGUUACGGUUAGCUAAUCAAUUUGUAUGUGUAGAGCAGAGCUUUCUCCGGGCGAGUUCCUUAACCCGCCCAGCUGCUAAUUGCCAGCGCUGACGUGCUCGCAAGCACUUAGCUGUACAGCGUUAAUUAGCCAAGCCAGAGCAUAGCGAAACUCACCUUCUUGAUUGAUGUCCCAGAUGACAAUGCGCGCCUCCAGUCUGGCAAAGUUGAGCGCUAUCAAACGUCCCACUCCGCCGCCCCCGCCAGUUAUGAGCACCACCUGGCCCGAUAUGUUCUGUUCAAAAGUGGAGGAAAAUAUAAGUGAAAGUUAAACUGAAUAAACAAAAAAGAUUUCAAUAUUAUCAAUGUUAAUACGAAUUGUAUACAUAAAUAUACACAUAUAAAAAAAUGCGUGUCACAUAAA